GACAGUAGGGGUAAAGUCGGCAAUUUUUACCCGCUCAUUCAGAGACGGUUGUUUGUAGUUUGUUAGGUGGUAGUCCAUAGAAUAAUGUCGCAAGUCGGUGUACAGUCGCGUCCGGCGACCCAGAUGAGCCAGGUGAAAAUAGGAAAUUUGCCUGAGAUACAACACCCGCUGUCUAGACUCGGAAACCCAGAGAAGCUUAACAUUCGGGGACUUUCAAGUCGGGCAGGCGAGAGACCCUCGUCGAACCCAGCUCCCCGACCAGCCAGCGAACUCCCGUUUCAUGUCACCCCACGCAUGUCCAGAUCUGCCACUGGAAGAGAAGUCUUGCACGAAUCGUUGGAUCUUAAAAAAGUCUUACCGCGAAUACCGGGUCCAUUUUCCCCAACAAUUCCAGAAGGGGUGGAAUAUAACGUCGGAGACCCCGACAAGACAAAACUCCCAGUUUUCGGUGCGAGAGCAGAUUUACAAAGUCGAGCAGAGAGCCGUACAGGCGUGGUAUCCAGGGCUUCGUCGAGACCAGAUACAAGAUUUAGACUUGAAGUUGAUGAGCUCGAGAUUCUUCUCCGUGAGAAAGCAAAGCGCGGAUACUAUGAAUUGCGGAAACUUUUCGUCUCGAACGACCCAGAAGGCAAAGGUACAGUUAGCAGGGACGCUUUGCACCGAAUCAUUACGAUAUUUGUGGGACAAUUUGUAGGACCCAAACAGUUCAACCAUCUGAUGGCCAGACUGAGGCUGGCAGAGAAGCUUGUCGUUCGUUUGGAUGAAUUUUAUGCAUGUUUCCGGGAGCAGGUGAAUACAGAGAUGCCGCGGUGGAUGGACCCUGUGAACAGACACCACGUGGAAAAAGUGUCAAUGACCGCUACACAGGUGCAUGUACAACUCAAGGAGAAGGCAAAACAAAGGUUCAUUGAUGUAGCAGAUCUAUUUCCACAAAUGAAUCCUGGUGGAUCAGGAAGAAUACUGAAACCAGAAUUCCGCAAUGUUCUCAAUAGGAUGCUGUUUUUCAUGGAAGAGGAAGAGUUCGAGAAACUUUGGGCAAAAUACGACACUGAAGGCAUUGGUGUUAUUAACGGCGAAAAAAUGUUAAACAAACUUGGGAUAACGCUUCGUUCGGGUACAGCGAGUCCCACUAAGCAAAGACUGGAUUCAGCAGACUCAACAUCGAGUCGUACGCCGAAAAAGCUGGAAGCUGAGCGUUCCAAAUCUCUGGACGUAGAACUGUGGUUGAAAAAUAAAUUCAGGGAAGGAUUUGCCAAUAUGAGAUCGGAAUUCAAGAAAUAUGACAAAGAGAAGACGGGAAAGGUUAACAGCAGCGACUUCAGGAAAGUGGUUGAUAAAUUCGGACUCAAGUUAGAUAAUAAGCAAGUUGAAGAUUUCUGUGCCCGCUGUGGCAUAGACAUAAAAGAUGACAUGAUCUCUUAUAAGGAUUUCCUACAGAGGUUCCAAGAUCGAAGCGAAUCGGGCAUGCCACAUACCAUUCUCUCCAAUCCAAAACACAAGUUCAACAAGAGCGAACGAAGUGCUAGUCCAAGUGCCGCGUCAUCUUUAACGGCAGCAGAGGCCAAACUUAUGGGCAUGUUCCAAAGAGACUUCCUGUCGUUAUUAGGAACCUUUCAUAAAAUUGACAAGCAGCAUACGGACAGAAUUACACAAGAAGAAUUCCGAGCAGCCAUUGAAAGCAGAUUUGGAAUUGAGAUAAACGAUAGCGAAUUCGCCGACUUGAUCGACCGUGUCCCCCUGGACGAUGAGGGACGCGUGAAAUAUCCAGCAUUCAUGUCACAAUUUGACACAACGGGCACAGCACCGAGUCUAUUUGACGCCAAGUCAACAGUCACGACCAAAAAAGCGGAUAUCAUGAAAAUAGAUCAUGACAAUGGAGUAGAUGAGCUGAUGGACUAUGAGGAAUACAAGAAAGGAAGAUCAGUAAAAGAGCUCACUAGGAUAGUGAGGAGAUUGCUCAAAAAGAACUACCAAGAAGUUGAAGCCAAAUUUAACGAUAUGGAUGAUAUCAACUCAAGGCGCCUAACACGGGAGUCUCUCCAUGAGCUUUUGAAAUCAUUUGACCUGAAACCGGAAGUUACUCAUGGAGAAAUCAGAAAAUUAUGGGACACACUAAUAACCAAUGCCAAUGGAACGCUCGAUUUCCUCCAGUUUGUCCGCCAUUUUGGGUACUCUCUCAGAUCCGCUGCCUUCCCCAACGCCAAAUUAGUGCCACCGAGACGAGGCGACGCGGAUUUCUUACUGCGGUCGCGCAAACUAAACUGCGCCGGUGAUAUGUUAGAAGAUAACUUGCGUGCAAAGAUUGACUACAUGUGGGAUGACUUAAGAAAGGAGUUUCUUGAUUUAGACCAGUAUGGGACUGGAUUUGUCAGCAAAACCGAAUUCAAAGAUAUUCUUCAAGAACUUUGUGUGCAUCUUAACGAGUAUGAACUGGAAAUGCUUUGCAGAAAAUUUGAUACUAAGAACGACGGAAGGAUUUGCUUUGUCGAGUUCCUGAGACCAUUUGCCCUUCGCAGAACGACCCAUCGUGUAGGAAACAAUAUGGCUGGCGUGAUGUCACACCCGCAAGCAGAAGUUCCGCUUGCAUCUAUCGUGGAUGAUCCACAGAAAGGGUUGAGUGGGUUGACAGCGAGACUUAGACAAAAGUUGGUUGGCGAUUGGAGAAAUUUACGUAGAGCUUUCAAGAAAAUCGACUCGGACCGCUCAGGCUUUUUGACAGUCCCAGAAUUUCGCAGUGUUCUUACGUUAUGUAAUAUCAUUAUGAACGAAGAAGAGGUUUAUCAUGUGAUGUCCACAUUUGACGAAAAUAUGGAUGGUCGCAUCAACUACAACAAAUUCAUUAGUGAAACGUUCAAGUCAGAUAUGCCAGAAGCUCGAUUUGCCUCAAUAUAAAAAGCAACGUUUUCAUUUGAAACCAGUGCUUCUCCGUCGCAUUAAAUAGCGAUAUUUCCGGUAAACUACGUCACAUCCGAUGGCGCCUUUAAAAUCUUCCCAAAUAUAGCACGCAUAACAAAAUGACUAGAUAAGCAGUUUGUGUUACGCCAAAUAUGCAUGCCAUUUUGAAUGGUCCAUAGUAUUAAACAACUUUCAGCAUUUACCCUCGUUCCCGUGCUAGGAAUUGACAUUGUUUAGAAUUCGUCACACUUUUUUCCGGGAACGAGGAUGUCAGAUGGCUAAUGCCGUGUUUUAUUUUACCAAGUUAGGAUUUUAUUUUUUCCCUCUGAUUAUUUUUGUGGUUUUGUUAUUUUUGAAAAAAGAGUGUGUCGCAAUAUGUACAGUUUUAUAUAGUCUUGUUUGCAUGUAGUUGAAUGGUAACCAAAGUAAUCUGGGUUAGUACAUUUAUGACUUUUCAAAGAUUCCAGAAUUCUCAUAUAUUCCGUCCAAUAUUUCGUGAAUGCUAGAUAAAUAAUGUGAGAUUUAUUGCCACAUGUUUUGUAUACAUUCAUAUGAACAGUAUUCCGCCGCGCGAACUUAGGAAACUAUCAGCAUUUUUUUUACACUAGUUCUAAGUAACAAGAACUUGUUCAAACCGGAUUAGACCGGUUUAUGAUUCGGAUAAUGCAUGCUCUAGAUCUAAAUCGUCGUUUUCUUUAUAUAUAGAUAUGGUGCAACUAUGCUACUUAUUAUUAUGUCAUUGUGUUCAUAUGAUCUAUAAAUACUUAUCACCUAAAUAAAUUCACAUUUUA